AUGUUGCAGCAGCAGCUGAAGCUGAUGGAGGCCCUGACCGUCAAGCUAUCCAAUUCAUCCAUGGGCCAAUCAAGCGCGGCUGGUGGUUCACAAUCUGUUGAUCACAUUGCCGGCAGCAUCACUGAAUUCCUGUAUGACCCGCAGGCCCAUAUCACCUUUGAUUCCUGGUACAAACGAUACGAGGACUUGUUCUCUGUCGAUCUGGCUGCCCAUGACGAUGCAUGGAAGGUUCGACUCCUUCUUCGCAAACUGGGUCCGGCUGAACACGAGCGUUAUGCAAACUUCAUCCUCCCCAAGAAUCCUCGAGAAGUCACUUUCAAGGACACGGUUGAGACGUUGUCGCAAAUUUUUGGUGAGCAAUCAUCCCUCUUCAACACUCGAUUUGCGUGCUUGCAAUUGUGCAAACGAGAUUCCGAUGAUUUCAUCACAUAUGCGGGCAUUGUUAAUCGUGAGUGUGGGCGUUUCCAACUCGGUUCUCUCAAUGAAAACCAGUUUAAAUGCCUUAUAUUUAUCUGCGGCCUCCAGUCCCCCAAAUGUGCUGAUAUCCGGACACGUCUCCUGUCCAAAUUGCAGCAGAACAACUCCACCACACUCCAAGAGCUGGCAGCAGAGUGCCAAACGCUGAUCAACCUCAAGCACGACUAG